AUGUCAGCCUCGCACCCCAUCGUCGACAUCCACACGCACAUGUAUCCACCCUCGUACAUCAAACUUCUCGCUUCGCGCACCACGGUGCCCUACAUCUACCAGCCCACAGAAUCAGACAACUCCGACACUUCGGACCCGAGACUGAUCAUCCUCGCGUCGGACGAUGACCCGUCGCGCCCCAAGGCCCUCCGCGGCCGGCCCGUCGACGGCACAUAUUCCUCCUUCGACGAGAAACGCGCGUUCAUGAAGCGCCACGGCAUCUCCUGCAGUGUGAUCAGUCUGGCGAACCCGUGGCUGGAUUUCCUGGACCCGGGUUCGGCACUGAAAACCGCCCAAGAGAUCAACAACGACCUAGACAGCGCCAGUGCCGAGAACAACGCGUCGCCCUCAAACGAGGGGCUGAAGCUGUAUGCCUUUGGCUGUCUUCCUCUUUCCGCACCUUCACAGGACAUUGUCAGCGAAAUCCGCCGGUUGAAGACUCGGAAGCACGUCAAGGGCGUGAUCAUGGGUACGACAGGUCUGGGAAAAGGCUUGGACGACCCAGCCCUAGACGAGGUGUAUUCCGCCUUGGCUUCCACCUCGACGUUGGUGUUUCUGCAUCCACAUUACGGCCUUCCUGACUCUGCCUUUGGGGGUCCCGAGGUCGUUGCGAGGUCUGGGCACGUGUUACCUUUGGCUUUGGGAUUUCCGCUGGAGACGACGAUUGCUGUGUCGCGGAUGUACCUUGCUGGGGUUUUCGAUCGGCACCCGCAGUUGCAGUUUCUGCUGGCUCAUUCUGGAGGAACGAUACCGUUUCUUGCGGGUCGAAUUGAAUCUUGUGUGGCGCAUGAACGAGAAUUCAUCGCUAAUGGCGGGAGCAAACAAGGUCCUCAGCGGUCAAUCUGGGAUGUCUUGCAUACGAACAUAUACCUUGACGCGGUGAUCUAUGGACAACCAGGCCUGAAAGCAGCCAUCGAGGCUGCAGGGAGCGUGGACCGGGUAAUGUUUGGGACUGAUCAUCCCUUCUUCCCACCACUAGGCGAUGAGAAAGACAGUAAAUGGCUGAGCGUGGAGAGCAACAAGGGAGCCAUCGACGGAUGCUUAUCACAAGAGGAGGAAGCAAAGAGGAAGAUACUGGGUGGAAAUGCCAUGAGCGUGCUCGGCCUUGACCUAUAG